AGCGAAAGAGGGGUUUCUCUAGGGUUUAAGCCAACAGUGAAGUAAUACGCUUUUUCGUCCAUUUUCCCCUUCCCUUCCAUUUCGAACCCUUUCCUUUUCCCCUUCCUCACUCCGCUGAAAUUAUCACUGUCUCGCCUGAGAGCUUCCGUCCACCGGCCACCCAGCCACCGUCGCCAUGUGGGCACUUCGCCGAGCUUCGAAUUCUCUCAAGUUGCAAGGGGUGAGGUUAGCAACAGGUCGAGCCGGAUGUGUCAAACUGGAAACCAUCUGUGGUCAAUUGGAAGUGAACACUAAUAUUUACAAAACUACUCCUUCAGCAGCAUACUCUACUUCUCUGUUUCCUCGCACUGUUACCGUGUCUUCAAAGCUCUGUACUGGGAUGCACGGCUUGUCUUCCCAGGCUGGCACUGACACUAGUAGUUCAUCUGAAGAUGAUAGUGACGAUGCGUUCUCUGAGCUGGAAGGUCCAGUGGUCAGCUCUGAUGCAGUUCAAGGCAAGAGGAAUGCAUUUGAAGGAAAUGAAGAUGAAUUAGUUUCUGACCCUGACCUUUCUGAUGAUGAUUUCAUGGAAGAGGAUUCUCGGGAUGCAUUGGAAAUGUUGGAUACCGAAGCAGAUCCUGCUGAUAAGCUUUUGACGAGGAAGAAAGUCCCUUCAGAACUGUUCAAUGCCAUUGUUAAGGAUCCGAAUUCGUCCAUCGAAUCUGUUUUCAGUAAGUGGGUGGAAGAAGGGAAGGAGCUUGGGAAGCAAGAGGUCACUGCAGCCAUCCUUAGUUGUCGCAGACGUCGGAUGUUUGGGAGAGCAUUGCAGCUAUCUGAGUGGCUAGAGAAAAAAGAUGAAUUUGAUUUCGUUGAAAGGGACUAUGCUUCUCGCGUUGACUUGAUUGCCAAGGUACGUGGCCUGCAGAGUGCAGAGAACUACAUUGACAAGAUCCCAAAAUCAUUCAGAGGAGAAGUAAUCUACCGAACUUUUCUAGCAAACUGUGUCAUAGCAAGCAACAUCAAAAAAGCUGAGGAAGUGUUCAACAAAAUGAGGGACUUGGACUUCGAAGUCACAGCAUUUGCCUGCAACCAGCUCCUCCUCCUUUACAAGAGACUUGAUAAGAAGAAGAUAGCCGACGUCUUGCUCUUAAUGGAGAAGCAAAACGUCAAGCCCACACUUUUCACCUACAUGCUCCUGAUCGACACCAAGGGCCUGUCAAACGACAUGACAGGUAUGGAGGAGAUUGUCGAAACCAUGAAGGCCGAGGGACUCGUACCAGACCUCACGACUCAAGCCAUCAUGGUUCGACACUAUGUAUCUGGUGGGCUCCAUGAAAAGGCUGAGUCAAUUCUGAAAGAGAUGGAAGGUGGCAACUUGAAGGAACAUCGAUGGCUUUGCCGUGUGUUGCUCCCUCUCUACGCUUCCCUAGGGAAGGCUGACGAGGUGGCUAGGAUUUGGGAAAUCUGCAAGUCGAGCCCGAGAUUAUACGAGUGUGUCUCAGCAAUCGAGGCAUAUGGGAAACUGAAGCAAAUCGAGCAGGCUGAGGCUGUUUUCAACAAGAUGCAACAGAAAUAUAAGAAGCUGUCUUCCAGACAGUACUCCCCUCUCCUGAGGGUCUACGCCAACCAUAAAAUGCUCUCCAAGGGGAAGGAUCUGGUGAGGAAAAUGGGGGAGAAUGGCUGCAGAGUCGGACCACACAUCUGGGAUGCGAUGGUCAAGCUAUACGUGGAGGCAGGCGAAGUCGAGAAGGCCGACUCCAUGCUGCAGAAGGCGGUGCUGCAGAACAAGAUGAAGCCGUUGUUUAACUCUUACAUGAUGAUAAUGGAACACUACUCGAAAAGAGGCGACGUGCAUAACACCGAGAAGAUGUUCGUCAGGAUGAGGCAGUCCGGUUACAUGGCUCGUACGAGGCAGUUCCAGGCUCUGGUGCAGGCUUAUGUGGCUGCUAAAGCGCCGGCUUAUGGGAUCAGGGAAAGGAUGAAGGCCGAUAACAUCAUCCCGAACAAGGCGCUGGCUGCUCAGCUGGCUCGGGUUGAUGCGUUUAGGAGGACUGCAGUGUCCGAUUUGCUCGACUAGUGAAGUGAUUGAAUGGUGUUCUGGAUUCGUAUAUUAUUGUUGAGUCGAAACUUUCGAAUGUUAGGGGGGAAGGAAGGAACCUCUCUUGUUUCCUUUCCAUGUAGUUUACGUUUAUGAUAUGACUGCUUGUUUGGUGCUAGUUUAGAUACAGAGGCAUUUGUGUUAUGCUGGCAGAAUUAUUGAGUUUCUCGUCUUUGGUUGUGGACCAAGCUGUUUUUACAGUUUAUUGACAGUAAAAAAAUAGGCCAAGAUGGUGAAACUGGAGUUUGUAUUUUGAUUUUUCCAUAGUGAGUCACUCUCAAUUCAGACGGUUUACCAUCAUUCAAAUCGAAACUGAUUGAUCGGGUUAAAAUUGAUA